AUGAAAAAUAAAUUAAUAACUCCAGAGGUAGUAUCACCAUUAAAAGUUGCAUCAAAUGGUUAUGAAUAUUAUACCAAACCUUCGAAUCAUGGUAGCAUUUAUUAUCGUCGUAAAAAAGGAAGUUUGUCGAGCGAAGAAAUUUUAUUAGAUUCUAAAAAAUUAUCAAAAGAAAAUAAACAAAUUAAAUCUGUACUAUUAUCAACUGAUGAAAAUUUACUUGGAUAUUUGGCUGAACAAGAAGGCGAUGAAAUUGGAUCAUUACAUUUCAAAGAUUUAUCUAGAUCUAAUAAUUAUCAGAAUGAAAUAUUAGACGGAAUAUUCAAUUUUUUAUGGGGAACAAAUGUUCAUACAGUUUAUUACACUGUUACUGAUGAACAACUUAGACCCUACAAGGUCUAUUCACACAAAUUGGGGACAUCACAACGGAAUGACAUACUUAUAUAUGAAGAAAAGGAUCAUACUUCCUUUGUUGAUAUUACCAGCACCAAAGAUCAGUCCUUUAUUAUGAUAAAUUCAAAUACCUUUUCAUCAUCUGAAGUCCGAUUCUUUGACGCUCAUCAUGACACAUCUCAAGGUGCACCUGAAUUAAAAUUAAUCGAACCACGGACAACUGGAUUGGAAUAUUACGUUGAUCAUCGUGACGGUUACUUUUACAUUUUGACAAAUGCUGAUAAUUGUCAUAAUUUUAAACUUGUUCGUACGAGAAUAGAAAAUAUCAAAAAAAAAUAUUGGGAAACGAUUUUUACUGUUAAAGACACCGAAAGAAUUGAAGAUGUUGAUAUAUUUCAGGAUUACGCAGUCAUAUUUGCAAAGAGUGAAGGUUUACCAGUUCUCAUGUGUUAUGAAUUAAGAUCUUCUGAAGUUCAUCAAAUAGCGUUACCUACGAAUUUGUGUGCCGUCUCUCCGGAAAUAAAUAAUGACUCUAAUACAAAUAUUGUUCGAUUUACGUGUAACUUGCCUUUGGCUCACGAAAAAACCUAUGAAUACAAUAUGAAAACGCCUUCUCGUUUAGAUUUUGACAGCAAUUUAUAUACAUGUUAUCGAACACGUGCCAAGGUUUCAGAUGGCGCCGAAAUACCAAUAACUAUACUACAUAAAAAAUCGUUAAUAAUGAAUCACAACAAUCCAGUUCUAUUAAGAUCUUAUGGGGCGUAUGGUAUUACAACAGAUCCAGAAUUCCAACUUGAACAUUUACCAUUAUUGGAGAGAGGUUGGAUUAUUGCUCUUGCACAUGUUCGAGGAGGGUCGGAAUUAGGUUAUUCAUGGUAUGACCAAGGCCGAUUAAUGAAUAAAAAAAAUUCAUUUACUGACUUCAUUUCGGUUGUAGAGUACUUAAUUAGUGCAGGAUAUUCUAACUCAUCGAAAAUUUCUGCAAUUGGUAUCAGUGCUGGUGGUGCGGCUUUUAACAUGCGACCAGAUCUUUUUCGAGCAUUAGUUUUGCGAGUUCCAUUUCUCGAUCCAUUGACAAGUAUGUUAGACCCGAAUCUGCCACUUACAAAGAUAGAAUACAAUGAAUGGGGUAAUCCUUUAGAAGAUGAGAAUGUCUAUAAAUACAUUUCUAGUUAUGCGCCUUAUGAUAAUAUCUCUUAUGACACUACCUUUGGUGAUAAUUUUAAACAAUACAAUACUGGAACUUCAAUAUUAGUGACAGCGGGGAUGCAAGAUCAAAGAGUAAAUUACUGGCAUCCAUUGAAGUGGGUAUCUAGAAUGAGAAUAAGACAACCAAACCAAUUUUGGCCGUAUCAAAAAAGUAAUCUAUUGAUGUUGAAAAUUGAUACUAAUAAGGGUCAUUUUGGAAGUAGUGUUAAUAAUCAAUCUGAUAGAAUUAGAGAUUUAGCUUUUGAACUUGCGUUUUUGAUUAAUCAG